UCCCACCGUGGCACGACACUCAGUAUGGUGCUGCACACUGGGACGUAGCUUCUGUAGGCAAAUACAGCAGAGGGAGAACAGACAGGCCUGUGUGUGUUUAGGUGUGUGUGUCACACUGUUCAGCAGCAUCAUGGAAACAGAAUAUUCCAAGAGAGUGUACCAAGGCGUUCGAGUCAAGCACACAGUUAAAGACCUGCUGGCGGAGAAGCGAUCCCGACAGACCAGUGGACCCAGAUACAGCGGAGGAUCAACCACCCCGCCUUCGUUUGUGCAGAUGCCAGGCUCUCACAUGCUGCCCAGCUACUACGGCAUGAGGCGACCUUUUAUUUCUGAUCCAGACUUCUGUCCGUCCACCAAGCAGUUCUCCCCUGACGUCUAUUCCUCCACCCUCGGGGGUAAACCCCUCGGCUGCGAACCCUCCACCAUGACCACUUACUCCUCCCUCAUCGACAGCUACUACCCAGAAACCUUUGGGGACUACCGCAGCGCCGCCACCUUCUCCAGCUCUGGGGGGUCCUUCCUGCCUUCUCCCGCCAUUUCCUCCCUGCUGCAGCCUUUCAACACAGAAACUUCGCAUUUAUUCCUGAGGGACUCGUGGGAGCAGUCGGGCCCAGACUCGGUAUCCCAGGUGGAGACCCUCUGUCCAGACAGCCUGGCCUCCGUCAGCGUCCCACCCUCCAUGCCCAGCCCAGAACCCCCAGGGAGUCCCUCUCAGUACCGCUCUCCAAGCAGAGGGUCCUCCAUGGUCCCAGUCCCCAGCAGCCAGCCCUACACCCUUCAUCCCUUGGAGGACGUCCACUACCACCCUUUAACCACCAGCAGCCCCUACUCUCUCCCCUCCUCCACCUUCCCCUGCCCCCCCUACAUGAGCAGCCCCGUCAGCGACCUGGUGUCCAAGAUGGGGACAGAGGACAUGACGGACAACCACAGCAGCCUCCCCGCCAGCACUGACGUCCACUCCUCCUGGGUUAAAGAAGACGGGGUAAGCUCCUGGUCUCCCUACGAGAUCAGGAGGGCCUACUGAUUGGACCAGGAGCUUCACAGACAAUUCAAACACCUGGCAAAUAUUCUCUUAGCGGCAUUUUGUUGGACACUUUCACAUCAAUUUGUUGAUUUUUCUUAUUUAAAUGUUGGUGUAGCAACAAUUCCUGUAAAGAGGAAAAAUAUUUAUGUGUUCUUUUGUAUGAUUUUAUGGAGAAAAUGAUUUGUGGUUGUUUUAACAUGUUACAUGCUAAAUACCUUUAAACUGACAUGGUUUAAUAAAAAAGUGGAGUUUA